GUUUAUUUCAACAUAUAUAUCAGCACAUACAUACAUGUAUAGCCAUGUCCUUCAGCUCCAUUCCCAUCCUCGACCUGUCGGAGGCGCGCGACCCCGCGACAAAGCCGGCUUUCCUCGACUCCCUGCGCCAUGCGCUUCUGGAAGUCGGAUUCCUCUAUAUCAAGAACACCGGCGUUGACGACAAGCUGAUCCAGGGGGUUAUUGAGGAGGGGAGGAGGUUUUUCGAAUUGCCAGAUGAGAAGAAGUUGGAGGUCGAGAUGAAGAAUGCGCCUAGUUUUCUGGGCUACUCGCGGCUCGGCAAUGAAAUAACACGCUUCAAGACCGACUGGCGCGAACAAAUAGACCUGUCAACCACACACCCCCUCCCCGCCCCAUCCGACCCUCUAUACCACAAUCUCCUAGCUCCCAACCAAUGGCCAGAUAGCAGCUAUCUCCCCCGCUUUCGCCCCGUCUACGAACAGUAUAUGGCCCAGAUGGGCGCCAUCAGCAUGGAGUUCAUAUCGCUCGUAGCUGAAGCGAUCGGGCUGCCGUCGAAGGCCUUCGAGCGUUUCUUCGAUAAGGGCCAGCAACACAAGUUGAAGAUUGUGAAGUAUCCAGACCUUCAAGAGCUGGGUGUGGAGGGGGAUGAAGGGGAGGGCCAGGGCGUAGGUCCGCAUAAGGACAGUAUGCUCACGAGCUAUUUAUUGCAGGCGAGCCACCAUCGGGGGCUGCAGGUGCAGAAUCAUCGGGGGGACUGGGUGGAUUGUCCGCCCAUCGAUGGGACGUUUGUCGUGGCGAUUGGGCAGGGGCUGGAGGCGAUGACGCAGGGAGUCUGUCAGAGCACGACCCACCGCGUCCUAAGCCCCGCUCGGGGCAGUGGUGCCCGCUACAGCGUUCCCUUCUUCCAGGGUGUAAGUUACGAUGCUACAUUCGAGAGCAUGGACGUACCAGCGCACGUCAAAGCUCUGCGCGAGGAAGUUAUCAGGCGCAACGGCAUCCGGCAGGAUGACAUUGAGUUUACGUUUUCGAAGGGGAGGUGGGGGCAUCUGGGGGAGGCAACGCUGAUGAAUCGGAUCAAGAGCCAUCCGGAUGUUGGGGAGCGUUGGUAUCCCGCGCUCCUCCAGAAAAUCAGAGAGGAGCAGGCGCGAAAUAAUCAGGUCGCGGAAGAACCCCAAGGUUUAUUGAAGGAGAAACCCGAGGUUAGCAGCACACCUGUGACGGCGCAUUGAAACGAAUAGGAAGAACCCUCGAAGUGCGGUGUCCCGGUAUGGUGAAGCAUUACGUUUAUUAUAUCCAGUCCUUCUUCAUGUUGAAUGGAGGCAAGCUUAGAAAGCCUUAGCGAUGAAUCAAUUAAUCCAAAAUAAUUCUAAAUUAAAACU